CGUGCAAGUGGAUCAACCUACUUUGUGUGGACAUUGCUUUCGUUCUCGUGUUCACAAAAAGAAGAGAGAGUCCCUCCAUGGUGAAAAGUCUGGCAUUGACAGGGGAAUUGCAGACAACUGCAUGGAAUAAAUAAGGGAAUCUCAGACAACUGCAUGCUCACUCAAUCAGCAGUCAUCGAUCUAUUUUUUCCCAACUCCAAUUUUCUGUGGACGUAACAUCGAUUUUACGCUGAACUUUGCCCUCGGCGAUGACGACUGUUCAGAGGAGGAUGUAAAGUCAGUGUGACUGUGGACACUACACGAGGACAGUCUGUGCUCGUCAUGCCGCCCCCUUAAGACAUGCUGCUUCAUGUAUUUUCUGUCAGAAAUCCGUCUUAAAACAAAAAGUGCAUCUAACCUUUCACUGGAAAUCAGCGGAAACAAUUAAAAUGGCUUCCGCGUGUCGCUAUUUCCACCAAUCAGCAUUCUUGUUUCUGUAAUUCCUACCACCGAGUGUUCCAGAGAGGAAGAACACCAGACCCACACCCAGCCUGCGAUCGUCCACCCGACCCUCGUGAGGUGGCGAACAGUGCGCGUGCACAGUCCGUGUGAUUGGUCCUGACCGCCCAUGUCCCACCCAGCCACCGCCUCCUCGCCUGACGUUGGCUGUCGGCGAUGUUGUCGUCGUGCUGUGGCGUGCACCACAACGUCGUCUGGCCAGUGCGUGCACCUCAGCAUGGAGGCACUGAAGGAGAACCCCGGACGCUGAGAUCUUGGUCCCCCCUCCGGUUCCACCCCUUCCCCGAAACCUUUCCCGAGUGAGUGUUUCCUCCGGGUGGAGAACCCGCAAACCACCGGGUGGCUGGACAAGGCUGGGAGUCGCCAAGGGUGAAGGCCCAGCGGGUGGGGUGUGAUCCUUAUCGGCUACUCCAGGGGCCUCGUCUGGCACGCCAACCCGCCACUAACGGCGCUAAAACAAUUAAGGACAGCAGGCCACGAGGCUCGGGGUGCACAGGUCCCUCCCCUGGGGGACGACCAAUGCAGACUCGCUACCCACGUGCAGGUCAUAGGCUGGCUUGUUGACGUACAAGAUUUGAAAAGCCAUCGGGAUGUGAACCUGAGAAUGCGCCAUAAAUCAGACUGUCGCUGGUGGAGCUUACGCACGCGGGCGGUUAGUUAAAGCGACACAAGAUUAAAGAACAUCAGGUGAGGAGCCACCUCAUUGUGUGUAUCAGUGCCGAGCUCCGGGUGGACCCCAGCCACCAACAGUCUACGUGUCAGGGUUGGACCUGGGUGGCUUUGCCGGGUGUCCCUGGGAGUGCCUGUUCGCCAUCAGCGGGUAGCACGCUUGUAAACUAAAAACAACAUCUACUUUGAAGCGGGUGGGAGGGAGCCGGAGGGCACGCGUGUGAUUGACAGGAAGCGUUGGGGGCGAGGAACCUGCUGUUUGUCCUCCUGCUUCACGACACAAGCUUGUGGGCGACUGGCGACACCCGGUCACUGAGCAGACACAGGUGAGUGGCUGGAACAAGCAGCAUCCACAGGCUGCAGGCCACGUGUCGGUGAGUGCAGUCCAGUCCACGGAUCCUCCGCAAAGCUCGGGAGGACAGCCUGGGGUUUGUCUCCUCCUCACACGGGGCUGGCGCUGGGGCUGUGUUGUUGUGUUUGUGUCGACUCGGUCGUUAGUACGGAUUAUCGUUGUCACCCGUCAACCUACCGACACACAAAUUCUCUUCCAUCCACGAGCAGAGGAGCGCAACUUUCAUGUCGUCUUCUCGGCGAUGACAGCCAGCACGUGCGACCUUUGUUCAUCGAAGUCGUGUCCUGGAAGACAAGACUGCAUUUCAAAAUGUUUACAGAGAGCUAGACAACGAGGAGGCACGUGGCAACUGUGAAUUGACUGUCAUAACAACUGUAAACAUGGCCGCCAUGUAAGAAUGUUCUUGCUGUCUCCACCGUGUCUCCAAAAGGAAAUCGUGAAAAGGUUGCUGGAGGAUGCUCACCUCUGUAGGGUGCGCUGCCACCUUCAGGCGGCUGUACCAAGCUCGCAGGCCGUGAGGAGAUGCUGGACACACCGGGCAUCUGCUUGGUAUCAUCACAAAUUGCUGCUCACCUGUGUUUUUCUUGGAGACGUCUGCGUCACUGCAGGGGACAGCACUCUGUCUGAUGCCUCCACACAAGGACUUCCGGAAGCUGACGGCAACACCAGCCCCUCCUCUCUAGACGGCACCAUGGCGAUUCACUGACAUUUACAUGGACAAAACAACUCGCCAACAAUAUUUGUGGCUGGACUUUUAUUGAUGAGGCUGAACCUUGCAUCCGACUGCCGUUACACUGGAGAUUCCCUGUGUUUUUAUGACCAGCGGGAGACCACUCCACGAUGCGUCCACAACAAGAGUUGUGCCGCUUGAAACCCUUGUUUUACCCCAAAGAUGACGAGACGUGAUGUCACGUGAUUUCUGACGUCAUCCCACGUGACCUGCGCUCUGCACACUUGACAACUACAUUUCCAGAAGCCCCCUCGCUAACACCCAUGACGUCACAGUGCGGGACACCCGUUAGACGGCGUCGUUGACUGGAAUCACACCUGGCCACGAAUGGUUGGUGAAGAGAAGUUGGAACUGCCCCCCAGGUAUUCCAUUUGCUCAGCCAAACACUUCGAGACGAGUUCGGAAAGUGAACCCCCCUCCUUCGCCGCCCUGUCGGCCAGUCCAGCGGUCCUGCACAGCGACAACGCCCCCCACCCAACGCCCCACCACCUAACGCCCCCACCACCACCAACCUUCCACAAAACGCGUUGACAAGUAAAAGGCAGCUUUAUCGUUGGAGGAGGAGGGGGGAGGAGAGAGGGUGCUAGUCUCUUCCACGUCACCUCCCCAAACACCAGCAGAGGGCGGAAGGUGCGGACGGUGCCCAACUCUCCAAGUUAUCAACAGGCACUGGUUGUCGCCGUCCACUGCUGCAGUACAACCAGUGGCGACGUGAGCAGACGACAGAAUCGUGUGAGUAGUCUAGAAAUGGCCGCCUGUCGGUGAAGGAGGGUGGAGAGAGAGCUGACACGAAUGGACGCCAUCUUAUCGGCACGGUCCUCCUUGCUACACCUGCGCUGGACGCCGUUCUGGACUUACUGGCUGAAAGGUGAGCAGGCAUUUUCAUCUCGAGUUGUAUCGAGGGUUCUCAGGUAACCACAUUUAUUUUCCACUAUUUAUCUCAAGAAGCCUGACUUGUCUUCAUCGCCAAAGCCGUCGUUGAUGUCGACUUUGCUUUUCUACCAACAAAAACAAAAGCUUUUCUCGUUGUGGUUGCUGCCAACAAAAGCAGCUGAGGUCGGUCUCCACCUAACGAGCCAACAGUGACGGUCAUUGGCAAGCUCGCUACUUCAGUCGGAAGACAACUGUUGACGUUAUACCUCCGCCAACAGAAAGUUGUCUGUCCUUGGGAUCAGUGUACUUUCUUCGCUGCCUCCGAACGAAUACGAGAUGCCAGUCAGUCACAAAUUGUGUGGUUUUAUUUCCACUUCUUCAAACUGAGCUUCGUGCAACUUCGCGCCUGGGACUAGCGAGGUCGGCGAACUUGAAAAACAAACCACAAUCCGAGUGAGAGUGUCUCUGCCAAAACAGUCGAGCUUCUAACGUGUCUGUGAUAAACAUUAUUGCACAUUCUGACAUUCACCUGACAGAAAGUUUGGAAACCAAGGACCCGAUGAAUAAAGGUGUAAUCGUACGUUUAUUUGUGAGCGCUGCUGUCGUCCCUGCUGCAACACAAGAUCGUGCGAAGAGUGUUGCUGAUGGUGUGACGCACACAAGUUGUUGUUGCGAUAUUGUCACGAGGGUGAUCUCGGGAUUCAGCCACAACUAAGCUCCCAGCGUUGUACAGAAACUCAAGCUUCACCAGAACACGUCUACAACAUACCUACAUGUAGUAGUUGGGGGGGGGGGAUAAGUUCCACUUUGGUUUCCGUCACGUGGACAACAGGCAUCGGACCUAGCGGCACCAGAGCUCGACAGUAGUGCUCGCCGGCCACUCGCCAGGAGUAGACAAGUGUAGACGUGUAGACGUGCGGCCAAAUCACCAUGGUGACCCCAGGAGCGCGUUCUCGCCACUUGGUGGCCGUGACCCUGCUGGUCCUUCUACUGUCCACUGUGACGCACGAGUGUGGCCCCGGGCGGGGGUCGGGCAGACGACGACGACCCCGCAAACUGACCCCGCUAGUGUUCAAACAGCACGUGCCUAAUGUGUCGGAAAACACUCUCGGUGCCAGUGGCAUUGCAGAGGGCGCCAUCACCAGGACGGACCCCAAGUUUAAGGACCUGGUGCGCAACGACAACCCAGACAUCAAGUUCAAGGACGAGGAAGGUACUGGGGCUGACCGCAUCAUGACACAGCGGUGCAAGGACAAGCUGAACACGCUGGCCAUCUCGGUGAUGAACCAGUGGCCGGGGGUGAAGCUGCGCGUGACGGAGGCGUGGGACGAGGACCACCUGCACGCGGAGAACUCGCUGCACUACGAGGGCCGCGCGGUGGACAUCACGACGUCAGACCGCGACAAGGCCAAGUACGGCAUGCUGGCGCGCCUCGCUGUGGAGGCCGGCUUUGAUUGGGUGUACUACGAGUCACGUGGCCACAUCCACUGCUCCGUCAAGUCGGACUCGUCAGUCGCCAUCAAGAUCGGAGGCUGUUUUCCCGGCAGCAGUGACGUCACUACCGCCGGGGGCGUGACCAAGUCCAUGAGUGACCUGACGGUGGGGGAGCGCGUGCUGGGGGUGGAUGGAGAGGGGCGCCUGGAGUACACGGAGGUCAUCGCCUUCCUGGACCGGGAUGAGAUGGAGGCCGGCCACUUCUACACGCUGACCACUGACUACGGGCCGGCCAUCACGCUCACGUCCAGACAUCUGCUCUACGUCGCGGAAGGCAACGCCACGUACGGACCACGUCACGACGCAGUGGCAGGAAGUGACGUCAGAUUCAGUGACGUGGUGGAGUUCUCGCGCUACAAAACGCUCUUUGCCGAGGACGUGAGGGUGGGUCACGUGGUGCUUGUUGCAAGAGACCACGGGAGGGUGGCGCCGCACAGCGGGGCGGUGGCAGGAGGGGGACUGCAUGCUGCGCGUGUGCUGCACGUGCGAACUGGCGUGCGGCGAGGCGUGUACGCCCCUCUGACGUCGUCGGGCCGCAUCGUGGUGGACGGUGUGGUGGCGUCGUGUUACGCCGUCGUCAGCAACCAGGAGCUGGCCCACGCCGCUUUCGCCCCCAUGCGCGGCUGGCACGCGCUGGCCACCCGCCUACCCUGGUUGACCACCCUGGUGUCGACGGCGGGUGGCACGCUGCCCCAGCAAGGCAUCCACCCGUACGCGCAGCUUCUGUACCGCGUGGCUUCCGUGUGUCUCAGCGUGCUGCACGUGCCCUGACCUCGGCCAUAGACCUCCCCGCCACCCCACCUACCCCACCCCCCUGACGCUUUUGGUGUCGAGACUUUGUAGCUGAUACUCUCGCCCGUCCUUCACCUUGUGUUAGUACGUCAUACCGGUUGGCAGUCGUUAGAAGCACGGACUGCAUACUACACACCUGUGACUGCACCUGUACUCCAGGCCACGAGUGCGAGAGAGAGCGCGUGCGUGUGUUCCUGUGUGCGUGCGUGUGUCCGUGCGUCCAGUGUGGGAGGAUGGCAGACAUCUCCACCAUGCGCCACGAGAGACGAGUACAUCUGUCGUGGCUGUCGUCUGUUGCUGAUGUCGUGGAUGAGUUUGUUGACGACAACAGCUAAGUGUUCAGUGUUGGGGAGCUUGAAGCUUUAAAUGUCUCCGUCGUCUACACUCUGUCCUUGCGUUUGAACACUCGUCAGUCUCUGAGAUUCAUCAACCAAAGUUUUAUUAUUUACUGUACUGCCUACGACCUCAGCAACUUUUACAGCUUGUUGUAGCAGUCAAGGGUAAACACAGUUGUACAACUAUUUUAAAUAUUUAUUGCUUCCUUCACCCACAAAGGACAUUCCUCGUCUCUGGAAUGUCAUUCAUUAACCUCUGACCUUUCAAUCAAAAGGACCUACACUACCAAGUCACGGACAAGGACUGACCAUCCAAUCAGAAGCAGAGACGAGCAGGAGCACGUGCAGCUUGCUGCUAACGAGGUUUCUCUCUGCUCUCGUGCUGAUGAGGAUGGAACUACCACACCUGAACAAAUAAAACUGAAAUAACAGAUGUUGACUUUCCUGUUAAACAACAAAGUUGUCGUGCAAGUGACAUUGGAGACAAAGUAGAGAAGCUACAUGCUCUCAACACAUUCUAAGUUGGUCUUGCUGCCUGUGGUCCCCACUGACUCGACUCUCCUCCUGUGUAGGCAGGCUAGGAGGGAGGCCAGGAUGGCGGCAACACACUUUCCUCUCAAAGAAAGAUUUCAUUUUCGAUCGAUGCUAACUUUUAUCGUCAACGAAGACUUCCUAAAAACACACACAGGCGAUGUGUAGUAAGUGGUUAUCUGUUACAAACUGACCUCUGGUCACGUGACCCACGAGUUCAAGCCAACUGUCAGACCAGCAAGGCCAGCGCCAUCUUUGCUGUUGUCUCGCGAGUGUAUCACAAUUUUGCGAGUGCAUCAUAGUCACACAUUCUGUGACAUCCCAGCUUUGCAAAUAAUCUCAAAACCAGAUUUUGUGAGACACUGGGAGACAGGAGCUGCUCCUGCCACUCGUUCAAAAAGGUCCCAACUACUACAUCAGAGUCUGAGCUGCUAUGAAGGCAACGAUUGACAGUGUUGGUUUGUGACAAACACUUAUAACUGACUUUCCGCACAUAUUUAUUUUGUUUAUAUUUAUGUGUCAGGACUGGUGGUCAGGUGAUCCACAGAGAGUCGGAAGUCUGAUGAAGUCGGGCAUCCAAUGGUCCGUUAACCAGGUUCCACUGAGUGUGGACGACACCCGGGCGAGGAGACUCAUCUUGUUUAUUGUUAGCACACAUCAACUUGCUGCUGAAACCCGCAGGCUCGUCCCACCACGUGACCACAGCAACAGUUGUGACUGCAUGUGACAAGUGUCAGUGACAGACACACUGACCAUGGCCACCACUACCUGACUGUGGUGACACCUGAGGUUUGUAGCUACUUGCCGACUACAGGUGUUUGCUAAAACAAUCUGGACACGGAAUCCCGCAGGUGUAGGACACCUGUACGCAUUACCUCUCAUUACCUGUACCAAAGAUUAGCUGCUGCACAGUGCGAACUACACUGUCGUGUACUCAGUAGAGGACACCCGCCUCUCCACGUGUACCUGUAGAAUAUUGUGUCCACGUCAACAGCUUUUGUACAUUCGAAAUCUUGUUUUACUUGUACUUGUAUAAUUUUGUGAAAGAGUGUAGAAAUAUUUAUAUGUAGGAAUAUAUUAUAGGCCAGGCCUAUAGUCUAUACACAUGUCUCCACGUUAUUUGCGGUUAUUGUAUCGGGUGGGGGAGGGUAGGGAGGGGAGGAAGGGGUUUAGCUAAUCCCACAGACGGCAAGUGUUGACACCAGGAAGGUCAUCAAGUCCCAGAGUUUUGCUGAAGUCAACACAUGGACUGAGGUGUGAAAUAAUAGCUGCAGCAACACCAACAUCUCUCGCCAUCACCUCAGGUAGGGUUCAAUGGCGGAACCUUUUCUCUUUGAAGACGUGAGGCGACGCGUAGUGAUACUGCUGACUGUCAUGAGUGCUUGGCAUUAUGUCAUGUCAUGCCACGUGACACAUUCAUAUCGCACUUUGCGCAGCAAACUUCCGUUCUGGAGCCAUGGCCACUGGGACUGUGAGCUGGAAACAAAAUAUUUCUGAGAACAUGGCGCUGACUACCUGUCGAGGGAUGUAGCGUUUAUCUGUCUACUCAACGCCAGACCGUGGAACCUCAGUGUGCGGUUACAUGCUGUAGCAGUAUGUACAUUAUACUCUCUGUCUAUGUCUACAGGUAUGUCAAUGUUCUACUUGUGUGUAAAGGUAUGCCGGCAUGUAACGGUGUACCCUGUGUCGCUAGCAUAACACGAGUGCACCAUGCCUACUAAACUAAUGUCGGCCAUUGCUUGCUGUAGACUUGUUCAUGGAUUUACUAGCCGCCCAUCAGUUUGUGUGAGAGAGACCUAGUACACCUCUCACACCUUUCUUUCCCGUAUUUCUCCACUGUUGGCAUUGACCGCAACAUCGUGGCUCAGGUGGGGAGCGAGGAGGUAGAUGUCGGUGUCAGCUGAUCACCUGGUCCUCAACAUUCUGCCCUCUUCUUUCUCUCCGCACUGUCCAUGUUCAUUCUGAACUGCAGUGAGCGCUUGUUCAUCCAAUGUCUGUGUAUAGGAUUAUUCUGUUACAAGCUGAGUUUAACUGAUUUUUUCAAGCAGGAUUUUGUGCUACACGCGUUGUCUUUUGAACACCCGGCUGACCCCAAGAAGCGACGACAGCGACGACACUCGCCAACAGUCGGGUACGUGCCACGUGACCAGGCCACGCAGUUGUCGUUGUCCAUGGAGUUGUUAUCGCUUGCUUUAUCACCCUCCACCUGUAACCCCUGCAGCGGCUGUCGCUGGUCAACCAACACGUCUACCUGUGGUAGUCACACAGGUGCAACAAAUAGCCAUAGUCCAUAGCAACAAAUAUUCCAGCUACAAAUGCUGCCGACAGAGAUACACUGGAUACAAAACUCCCCACCAAUGACAGAAAUACACAAAAUUACCAGGUGAGAAGAUUACCUGCAGAAAUACCCGGGGUCCACUUGCGUCGUCAAACACCCGUCACAGAAAACACAAAAUUGUAGAAGUUGUAGGAAAAUUAUAAGUUGCAAUCACAUGUGAUUGAAGAGGCUACACCUGACUACACCUCCACUUUAUGAGUGCCAGAUAUUUGUUAAAUACUUUCAAAUAAAGGCUUUUUAAAUUUCGAUAGCUGCCGAAUUAAACUCUCGACAAAGGAUGUAGAAUAGUGAAAGGUAAUGUCACAACGAAAGUUCCAAAACCAGAAUGAAAUAGAAGAUAAAGCUUAGCUUGUAGAAAGAUUACAAUGAGCGAAGACAACAACGAGUUUUGUAAUUUCUAGAAACCAUUCCAGCUAUACGAGAAACCAGCUGAAUAGGUUAUAUCUAAUUGGCUGACAACGGCAACGGUAGAUGACAUCCAGAAAAGUCAACUGAAACAUGACUAACAGUAAUUGUUUUCCUGACAAACAACAACAAAGUUAUUGUCUACCUGGUCUGUGUCCUCCCACCGCUGGACCAGCACUCAAUAUGUUUUGUUAUGCUGCUAAACACUGAAGUCCAACUGGUAUCACUGUCAGUAGUGCCGGGUACUGUGGCACCCGACUCGUGGUGUGACACCAUCUGCAGACAGUCGCAGGCUUGCUGUAGUCAUUCCAGUCCUGUGGGGCUGUGGGGCUGUGGGGCUGUGCUAAUCCUGCUAGACAUCAGACUCUCAUCUUCCACUUAUUUUUGUCCUUUUGUGUUGUGUCAAAGUUGGCAUCACAAGUGUAGUCCAUGGCACUGGUGACUGGUGUUAUCACACCUACAGUGUAGUCCAUGGCACUGCUGACUGGUGUUAUCACACCUACAGUGUAGUCCAUGGCACUGCUGACUGGUGUUAUCAGACCUACAGUACAGUCCAUGGCACUGGUGACUGGUGUUAUCACACCUACAGUGUAGUCCAUGGCACUGCUGACUGGUGUUAUCACACCUACAGUGUAGUCCAUGGCACUGGUGACUGGUGUUAUCACACCUACAGUGUAGUCCAUGGCACUGCUGACUGGUGUUAUCACACCUACAGUGUAGUCCAUGGCACUGCUGACUGGUGUUAUCACACCUACAGUGUAGUCCAUGGCACUGGUGACUGGUGUUAUCACACCUACAGUGUAGUCCAUGGCACUGCUGACUGGUGUUAUCACACCUACAGUGUAGUCCAUGGCACUGCUGACUGGUGUUAUCACACCUACAGUGUAGUCCAUGGCACUGCUGACUGGUGUUAUCACACCUACAGUGUAGUCCAUGGCACUGCCAGACCUCACGAGGCUGCCUCACGUGCACUGGCUGCUCCACCUAGCGGCGAUCGAAUGCACACAUCUUCUACUUAUUUCUGUUCAACCUGAAGAGUGUACUGGGGCAAUGUGAGGUUGAUGGACUAAUGUUCGACACAGUGUACACUAAAUCCUACACUUCCAUCACUAUCUACCCCUACAAACCUGAGCCACCCUUUUACCUUUGACCUGCUUGCACCCUUACCUGUGGAACCUGGGCGCGCGGCAUACAACAGGUGCAACCACAUCUACGACGAUUCUUUUAUUUUGUACGUUCGGUUCUUCGUAUGUUUUUUUGGUUUGCCUUUUCGUUUUUUUCUCUUUUUGUUCUUUUAUUUUUUCAACUUGGAUGGACUGUGUAAUGUAGGUAUUGUUGAAGACAUGGCCAUAAUGUUUGCUGUAACAUUUCAAUGGAUUGAUUUAUUUAUUUAUUCUUUUUUUAAUUCUUGUCUGCAGCUUUGUGCUGUUAUCCUCUUUUUCACUGAGAUCUUUUCCUUCCAUCUCCCCGAUCCCCAUCCCUCCAGUCCAUGUAGCCCUUCUUUCAUCUUCUCUUGUCCAGCACCCACGUGUUGAAAGUGAGCCGCGUGUCGGAUGAAUGUUCUCGAAACCAAAGAAAUACCUUCAAGGUGCUCACGUGACCUAUGUUGGACUGAGGGAGAGCUGCGCCCGCUGUGUGUAAGAUCUGCAGUCAGCAGCACAUCCCAGUCCUUUCCCUCCCUCCCAAACCACGUCGACAGAAUCAUCAAAGAUGACUUUCAGUUUAGUCUGUAGUCCGCCAUGCUUGCAGCUUGCGUACAGAAGUCAGUGAGUCACCGAGCCACCGCCACACCAGACCCUGUGCGGGACUCAGAUACCUCCAUCCCAAGUAUUUGUGAGUAACAGGGUCUGCUGCUUGUGUACAGAAUACAGAUGUCAGUGUACAGUAGUGGCUGUCAGGUGUAGAGGAGCCACGUGAUGCGGCAUCCUUACAGACGAGGUCAGAAACUACCCGAGAGCAGGGUGAGGGUGCAGGAUACUGGUUAUGGCACAAAUGUUCUGUUUCCUUCAUGUUCGCCUUUGAAUGCUAUACGACUGCAAUUUUUAAUAAAAACUUGAUCAUUUUGGCAGAAAAAA